AUGAACACGAAAGCUCACAAUUAUAUCUUAGAACUGGAUGGUUUCAAACGAAAGAACAAACAAAGAAAGUUUUGGUUCAAGCGAGUGUCGAAGAGAGAAACAAGGGCUCUCGUGGUCAUGCGGAAAGAACUUUCCACUUUGAUGAAGACAACUAAGCGAAUCCGUGUGACGCGUUUCCCCCAAGACCAUUACUGUUGUGAGGAAAUCAGUCUGGUGAUCUACGACUUCUUGCGGAAAAUUGAGUCUCGCACACUUUCAUAUGAGCACGUUCGAGAAAAUCUCGAGAAUGUUUUCUACAUUCAGGAUUACUUCGAGACCAGCGUCCCGCACUCGGCAACGUACAUGGCUCUGAUGAUUGCGGAGUUGCUCACAAUAGUCGAGGAAGUCGCCAACCUGCUGGAAGAGGCCGCUGGCGCAAACCUGACGCGCUGGUCAUGGGUGAGGCAAGAGCUCAAAGUGAGGGACAAAGUGGAGCCGUUGGAUCCCCAAAACAUGAUCCCUCUCAUGAAGAACUUCCAGCAGGAGAAACUCCUCGGUGCCGGUGGAUUCGGAGCCGUCUACAAGGCAAUCUUCGGUAAAACGGUCUGCUGCACGGUGAAGCUCGUGCCGAUCUCGAAAUUCAAGCAGGAAAAACAUGCGUGUGUUGAUAAAGUGACCGCCAGCGUGAUAUGCCAUCCGUUUGUGGUGAAAUAUUACUCGACGUUCACGACUGCUCAGGCAUACGUCACCGUAAUGGAGUACAUCCGCGGAGUGGAUCUCCAUAAAGUGGUCAAGGCGGAAGGCGGUCUGGACGAAGCCAGUUCCCGUCUGAUCCUCUUCCAGCUCGGCGAAGCAAUUCUGCACAUGCACAGCCGGGGCUUCAUCCACAGGGACGUGAAACCCUCAAACAUGAUGAUCAUGCCGGGAUGUAGGAUCAAGUUGAUCGAUUUCGACACGGUAAAGAUAUCUCUGGCGAAUUUUGUGCAGCGAAUGUCGCAGUUCUACUUCGAGAGAUCUGCUCACGAGUUCCGAGAUAAGGAGACGGCGGGAACCGUGCCCUUUCUUGCCCCCGAGGUUUUAAGAGCUCAUCCGUACGGAAGAGCUAUCGAUUGGUGGGCCGCGGGAGUCACCGCGUUCAAUGUCGUGUUCGCUAGAGUUCCGUUUCGAGGAGAGAAGAAGAGCAAGGAAUUCAAGGAUCUAGUGGCCAACGCCCCGAUACCGUACCCGGGAGAGAGGCCGAUCUCGCCGGAGAUGAGACAGUUCAUGGAGGAUUGCCUCGUCCGGAAAGCCUCGCAUCGGAUAUGCUCAACCAAUGAGCGGGAGUUCCGGGAUCACCCGCUAUUCGUGGAACUUGAUUUCGCGGGGUUGUACGCAGGGACGCAUCACCACGAGCUGGAAUCCAUCACCGCCGAGUUGGAGUUCGUUGACGAUCGGUGGUCGCCCCCGGGCGUCAAAGCGAAAGAAGAUCAGAGGGUCACGAUCGAAGUCAACGAACUCACGGACACGGAAAACCAAUGCGCCCUGUUCACCUAUGUCUCACCAGCCUUCCAGAAUUGUAUAAGGAAAGCCGGCCGUCGAGGCGGUCUGAGUCAGAGAGAUCGAGAUGCUCUGGAGACAGAUCCCGGGGAAUCCCCAUUCGAUGCCGUAGCGCUCGAUCCGGGUUACCGCUUCGAAAAAUAUACUCUCGAGCAGAAUACACGACGGAAUCUUAGACAGCGGAGAAGACGUAGGAGAGAAUGA